UUCAAUGCCAAACGUUUUCCGAACUUCGACGACCGGGUCACCAUGUAGGUAUGUGUUUGAGGAAAUGAUCGACAGCAAGAAGCUAACGGAAAUCAUCAACACCACACACGAGAACGUCAAGUACCUGCCUGAACACAAACUGCCAGAGAAUGUCAUCGCCGUUCCGGAUUUCGUGGAGGCCGCCAAGGAUGCCGACAUCCUGAUCUUUGUCGUGCCCCAUCAGUUCAUCCAAGGUCUGGGCACUCAGCUGCUCGGCAAAAUCAAACCGACGGCCGUUGGUCUAUCGUGGAUCAAGGGCUCCGACGUUGCCGAGGGCGGUGACAUGGAGCUGAUCUCGCAUAUCAUCACCAAGCACCUGAAGAUUCCCUGCUCGGUGCUGAUGGGUGCCAAUCUGGCCGGUGAGGUAGCUGAAAAGAAGUGCUACGAAACCACCAUCGGCUGCCGGGAUAUGAAGAUGGCUCAAACGCUGCGGGAUCUGUUCCAGAAGGCAACACACAGCAGCGAGAGGCCCAACAGACAAUUUGAGUUGAUCAAAAGUCGAAUAAGCAAUUUUUUAGCUGAAGAAGCUUAUUUUGCCUGA